AUGUUUAAAAAUAUAACCAAACCGUUAAGAAGACUUUAUACUACUAGAGUAACAAAUCUUAAGUAUCAACCACCUAUAACAAUAGAUAAAGAAUUACCAGAUCCAUCUCAUAAAAAAAAAAUCAAUAGACGUUAUUUCUUAGUUUAUGGUUUAGGUAUUACAUUAUCAUGUUUAAUUAUUUUUAAUUAUGAGAAAACUCAAUCACCAAUUGUAACAUCAACUUUAUUUUAUCUUAGAAGAAAUAAACAAGUUGAAAAUUUAUUAGGUUCAGGUAUUGAUUUUGCUUAUUCAUGGCCUUGGAUUUCCGGUAAAUUAAAUACUGUUCAAGGUUUAAUUGAUAUUAAAUUUAAAAUAAAGGGUAAUAAAAAUGAUGGAUAUUUAAAAUUGAAAGCCAAUAGAGAAAGUAAAUUACAUCCUUUCAAUGUUGAAAACUUUCUGAUUGAAAUUGAUGGUAAAGAUUAUGAUUUAACUAAGGAUUCAGAUUUUGAUUUUGAUUUAUGA